CCUAGAAACUUCAAAACCCAAACAGCGCCUAAUCACGCUUGAUUGGAUUAUCAUUUCUAGGGUUUUAACAGCUCUGCGAUUAACUGCAUACCUAAAUUCUAAUUUCCUGUGUCUCUUUUCGAAUACUCGUGGCCGAGGAAUCUCGUUAAGGUUGUUGGUGCUUGUUUUGUUUGUGACAAUGGCUCGGGUUUACGUGGGGAAUUUGGAGCCGAGAGUCUCUGAGAGGGAUCUUGAAGAUGAAUUCAGAAUGUAUGGCGUUCUUCGGAGUGUGUGGGUUGCACGAAGGCCACCAGGAUAUGCUUUUGUUGAGUUUGAUGAUCGUAGGGAUGCAAUGGAUGCAAUUCGUGCGUUGGAUGGAAAGAAUGGGUGGCGUGUGGAACUUUCUCAUAAUUCCAAAGGUGGUGGAGGCCGUGGUGGUGGUGGUGGUGGUGGUGGACGUGGCCGUGGUGGUGAGGAUUUGAAGUGUUAUGAAUGUGGUGAACCAGGUCAUUUUGCUCGAGAGUGCCGCUUGCGCAUUGGUUCACGAGGUUUGGGAAGUGGGCGCCGCCGAAGCCCCAGCCCAAGACGCCGUAGGAGUCCGAGUUAUGGGUAUGGGCGCAGAAGCUAUAGCCCCCGCGGUAGAAGAUCUCCAAGACGUCGCAGUCUAUCACCACGCCGUGGUCGCAGCUACAGCAGAUCUCCUCCAUAUCGCCAUGCCCGUCGUGAGUCACCAUAUGUUAACGGAGAUUAAGGCGGGGAGCCAACUGAAGCAGGAGUGGAGGAUAUUAAAAAGACCAAAUAUAUGCUAUACUGUAGUUCUAAUAGGACCAGUUGAUGUUAGUUACGUUCAUUUCGUGACAAUGAGGUUUUGUUAGAAAUUUGGUUUUGGCUGGCUUCAUCAAAGUGUUUCGGCCGGCAUGCUUGGGACACUUUUGUGCCGGUUUGCUGUCUCAACUGCUUACUGAAACUUGGAGGUCUCUUUCAUACUUCAUAUUGCAACCUUAUUGUUGUUUAUAAUCCUUUAUCUUGACCUUUUAUGGUAGUAUUGAUCUAUUUGGGUAAAUGUUUCUAAAAGAUUUGUGUGUUUUGUUGUGAGGUGCGGUUUUCGGCUAAAACGGCAUUGUUUCGCCACUUUACUGCAUCUUAGUGCACACGGUUUUUCUCCAUCUCUGCUUCUCUGCACGUUAUCUACUCCUCGUCGCCCUGCAUGUUAUUCAGCUUGAAUCCCAUGUUGAAAUUAUGAAUGUCCAGAAACUUGAUUGUGUACGACACUUUAUACUGCAUUCUUCUGCAACAAAGCUACUGUCCUACUUACAACUUUUACAUUUCUGCUAGCUGCUUCAAGAAGGUCAAGCCGUUUAUACUUGUGUCCCCAACUCUGCAUAUCUGCACUUCAUCAUGUAACAUAGUCUUGACCUCCUGUUCUUGUGGUUUUCGUCGGCAAAGUGUCAUGGUCUAGUGUUUAUCUACUUUUUGUUGCCCUUUUGGUGCUCAGUUUUCCAGUACAGAUGAAUGUCUCCAGGUAAGUGUCUGCAGAAGAAAUUCAAGAAAGUUUUUUAUGACAUUUUAGUAGAAAGAUAAAUGGCUGCAUAAGAGUGUUGUGAGAAAGGAUCUAUAAUAAUUCUGCCCUCCAUUGUACAACAGUUUUGGUGCUUAGGUUAGACGUGUAGUUGAGUCACCCGUCGUAAUGAGCUCUGCCUUUUUAAAAGGGUUGAAGACAUACCUGCUGCCUCAGAUCGAUUGGAUGGCAAAAGGCAAUUCAUUAAUCUUCUGAGUGGUGGGUUUUAUGGUCGUCACUACUGACCUUUCUGAUUGCCAUGGGUUUAUCAGGCUUUUUCCUUUUUUUCGUCAUGUAAUCGACAAUUUCUCUUGGUGGUAAAAUUUUGGAUUGCGCUAGUUAGGUUGUUCUUUUGGAUUUAUGUUAAUGACAAAUGUAAAAAAGAAAGCGAUCCUUUGAUUUAUGAACUAAUUGGACACCUGAUAUUAAUUUA